AAAACAAAUACGAAUCCCCAAUACCCCAACUAUUGGAUAUCAAAAUGCUAGUGAAAAUUCUAACACUUACUAAAAGCACAAAUUACAAUGUCACACAAGAGAUUCUACAUGCGCCUAGUGCUGCAUCUCCAUGCGGUGACCUGUCCGGGCGUCUGGCUGUGCUCCCACGGCAGUUUGGAGGCCACUAUCAAGACACUGGGCUAUUAUUUUCGUACUGGCGCCAUGGAGCCGCGUUUCCCUAUGCUCUGUCACGAUGAGUUCACCAUGGAGGGCUACUUCAAGGGUGUUAACUCUAUAGAUCAGAUGCGGGAUAUGCUGAACUCUGAGCAACUGGAGAUCACUAUGUGGCAGAAUGGACGUCGAUUGGCCUACUAUUUGGGCCGAUUGUCUGACCUAAUGCAGCCACCUGUGCCGCCUCUCAGCUGCGCGCACUCAGCUAAUGUCCAGCUGCUGAUGAAGGCCACUUCUGCUUUUCCGGGUAUUCUGGCACCCAAAGUGGAGAUAUCAGCGGAGUUGACCACACGGGACAAGCAACGCAAGUGUUGCAAAGUGAACCUGGAGCGGGAGAUAACCAAUCGUCAUGCACAGAGCCGUUGCCUCAGCCGCUUGGAGCUGCCACGCAAACAGAAAACUGUCUGCCAUUCGAAGGGCUCGAAUUGCAGCACCGACAACAGCCUCGUCCGCUCAACGAGCAGCCAACUCUUGUACGAGCAGCAGUCAAGACGGCUGUCCUCCUGCUCGAUCACCACACGCCACAGCUCUCAAUCUCUCGCGAGCAUCAGCACCAUCUCCGACUCGACGCAGUGCAGCCACUCGAACUCAAACUUUCGCUCGCAGUCCAACUCAUUGGCUGCAACAUUCACAGUUGAGCAUGAGAACAGUUGUCACAUCUGUCAAGCGUACAGUAGGUUCUACGAGAGCAGUUAAGAAACUAUAAAUAUAUUAGCUUAUAUUUUGAACAAA